UUGAAACGGAAGCGGAACCGCGUUUCGGUUUGUUUAGUGUGAACGUGUGGAGAACUUUUAACGUUGUAAAAUUCCGCUUUGUUUUGCUCCCCAGCAUACACCAACGAACAGCUCUACCAUUUCAUCUCCGGUCCAAUUCACGAUGUUUAACCGACAGACGAGCCUGUGGAUGGGUGAUUUGGACCCAUACAUGGAUGAGAACUUCAUCAAGCAGGCAUUUAGUGCUAUGGGAGAGUCGCCGUUUGGAGUCAAGAUCAUCACUCACAGGAUAACAGGUGGUUCAGCAGGGUACUGCUUUGUGGAGCUGGCAGACGAAGCGAGCGUUGACCGCUGUGUGCAAAGGCUGAACGGGAAACUGGUUCCUGGAUCAAACCCGCCCCGGAAGUUUAAGCUAAACUAUGCCACCUACGGGAAACGGCCAGAGGCGGGGCCAGAGUUCUCAGUGUUUGUGGGCGACUUGGCCUCCGAGGUGGACGACUUCCAACUGCACCAAGUUUUCAAGAAGUACCUUUCCUGCAAGGGAGCCAAAGUGGUCACGGACCAGUAUGGAUACUCCAGAGGUUACGGCUUCGUCAAGUUCGGGGAGGAGGGUGAGCAGAAGAAGGCCAUCGAGGAGUGCCAGGGCACCAUGCUGGGGGGCAAGCCGCUCCGACUCAGCAUCGCUGUAGCAAAGAGCCAGAAGAUGAGCAACUACCAUGGUGGCCAGGGCCAGAAUUACCAUAGCAACUACAACCAGUCCCAGCCCGGUUACUAUGGCAACCAGGGCAACGGGGGUCAGGGGGGUUACUACUCUCAGUGGGGUGGCUAUGACCAGUACAGCGGCUACAACAACGGCAGCUACGGCGGCUACGGCGGCAGUGGCUACAACUACAACUACGGGCCCUAUGGGUACCCCCCACCAGGCCACGUGGUACCACCACCUCCAGCGGGGAUGCCACCCACUGACAUGUCGGGAGCUGUGGAGCAGAGUCACGAGGAGGGUGGUGAUGUAGACGGGGAUAAUUCAGAAGUGAAAGAGCCGACACCAGAUUUCUCUCAAUUUGGAACAACAUUGAGGAUAUUGUAAGCAGAAGACUUGUGUGAUAUCUACAAUCAAUGUCUGAACUUGUGUCAUUUCUUUUUUUAUAUGCAACAGCUGGGUGAAAAGUGAAGAGACUGUUAAUAGAACCAAGAUCCAGUGAAAGUGGAGUUUUUAAUCACUUCAUUUAAAGUCUCAGAACACAAGUGACAGCAAUGCAUCUGAACAACGGAGAAAAAAAUCUAACCAAACAUUUAACUUUUCUGUUCAGAUGCUUUGACAUAGUGUAUUAUAUCAAACGUGUACUCGUGCAAAAUACGACACCGAUAGAGAAACACAUGGGUGUUUGAUAGCAUUUGUCAACCAUACUACUAGUCCAUCUUUCAAAAGCUUCACAGAACUAGGGUGGUUCAUUACACAAGCUCUCCAUUUAUUGCAUUUUUAAUCGUUGAAUUGAUUUCGUUGUUAAUUAUCUUGUCAAAUAUCCAUCAAAACCACUCCAGAAGUCAUUUGUAUUAUUGUAUUAUAAACAAGCUGUGGUUUAGACUGGGUCUCUCAAAUAUUUCCAGCUUGUAUCUUAAUGGCAACCGUCUCUUGUCCUGAAUUCCUGUCUUGUGGAGAAUCAUAUACUGUCAUAGAUGGAUUACUGAAUGCGCCCAUUGGGCACAGGCCCAGAGGCCCCCCAGGUGUUCAGCUACAAAAUGUCACUCAAAGAGACUCAAAAUUUCCACCAUGAAACAUAAAAUAACUACAGAGACACAAAAAGACUAGGAAGACGCAAAGCACAGAUACCACGAAGAGACGCAAAAUGACUAUAAAAAGGGGCAAAACAACCACAAAGAGACACAAAUCAACUACAAAGAGAUUCAAAACAACAACAACAAGAGGCUAAACAGCUUUAAAGUCUGUGAGUCGUUCUCCUAUGUAGGAGAGGUGGUGUAGCCUUUAGCAUGUCUGUGCCCGGUGGCUACUGGGACUCCCUGUCAUGAUGUACCAAGCCUUUUGAUAACUCUAGCAUGUAUUUGCUGCAUUCGCUUACAUUAGAAAAGUUUGAUACAUAUAGAGAUAUGGAGAUAUAUCUUUUGAAAGUCCAUUUGCUUGUUCCAGUUUUCAUCAGGAUAUCUGGUCUUACUGCUAAAAGUGGACAACAAACACAAAUGUACAUCUCAAGUCAUCUCCAAACAACCAUGCAGACCUCGUUUUUUUAUACAGCUGUGUCAUUGUUAAGUUUCAGUUAAUUGCAGUGAUCAUGAUUCUGUUGUGCCUCCUCCGCUUCAGUACUGCUAGUCUUGGUGUUGAGCAAUCCCAGUCCAGGCCUCCCGGGACAGUACCAGCUGGGCCCCUGGCGAUACCAACCCUGGUACAGUCCCCUCCAGCUCAGACAUCCCAGAGCGCCCCCUAGUAGCUGAGUGGGGAACUGAGGGAAGUAAGCUAAGAGACAGAGCAGCAGAAAGAGCCAGAGCCAGAGCAGGAGAACACAAAAGAGGAAGAGGAUCCUCAGAGGGGCACCUGAGAUCCCACCCAGGCUCAGAUAAGGGCCAAACACGGCUGUUUCCUCAGCCAGCAGUAGGCAGCAGAGACAGAGGAGGAAGACAUCUUCUGAAACUUCAUACCCCCUCCACAGCAUCCCAGCUUUGAGGCAUUCUGACUUACUCUCCCCUUCUCGCAGCACCAACAGAGGCUGCCCGUUGGCGACCUCUGGGCUGGCGAGUAAAGGUUCGUAGCAGCUUCCUGUGGUGUUCUCCAGAAGGUCCAGGAGUUUACAGAAACCAAGCCA